GACAUGGCCGUGGGGCUGCUUCUCGAUGUCAUGAGAAAUAUUUCGGCUUCCGAUCGGUUUGUCCGAGAUGGGUUUUGGGUUAGCAAGGGUGAUUUUGCUCUGGGUUCUAAGGUGUCAUCAUCAAUUCUAUUUAUUUGAAGUUGAAAUGAUAAAGUCACGUACUUUUGUUGGGUCUGUAUGAGAUUUGAUGUGAAAAGUGAAGCUUUGUUUAUUUGUUUACUGUUGAUGCUUUGCUUUUCUUUUUUUUUGGUGUUUAGAUGAAUAGAUUAUCAACUGUGGAGUUUGAUUGGUUAGCUUUUAUUUAUUUAUUUUUCGGGAGCCAAAAUUGAAUUUGGUUCUUCUGUUGGCAAUCAUUGGUUUCCAAUCUAGUAGGGUAUGUUAGAGUUCCAGGAAAGAAGUAACUAUCUUGUUUAGAGUCUAAGAAUAAAAAGUCAAAAAUGUUACUCUUCUUGAGUUUCUUAUAGACAACUUGGUUGAGAUUAGAAGCUGAAAGCAGUUAAAAGGAAUGUCUUUUAACAGUUCUUCACAUCUUUAUAAUUAUGAUAGGAGGCAAACGAGUUGGGAUUGUUGGAUUGGGAAACAUUGGCUUAGAAGUUGCUAAGAGACUCAAGGCCUUUGGUUGCAAUAUCUUAUAUAACUCAAGGAAGAAAAAACCAUUUGUUUCGUACCCUUUCUUUCCUGAUGUAUGUGAACUUGCAGCUAAUAGCGAUGUGCUUGUCAUUUGUUGUGGUUUGAAUGCUCAAACCCACCACGUGAUUAACAAGAAAGUCUUGUUGGCAUUGGGAAGAGGGGGGGUGAUUGUGAAUGUAGGACGUGGGGCUAUAAUGGACGAGAAGGAAAUGGUGCAGUGUUUGGUGCGAGGCGAGAUUGGAGGUGCUGGUUUGGAUGUGUUUGAGAAUGAGCCUCAUGUUCCUAAAGAGCUCUUUGCAUUGGAUAAUGUCGUACUGUCACCACAUCAUGCUGGCCUUACACCAGAAUGUUUCACGGCUUUGCGCGAAUUAGUAGUAGGGAAUUUGGAAGCAUUCUUCUCAAACAGACCAUUGCUUUCUCAAGUGGAGAAUAAUUGAAUAGAUUUCUAUUUUCAGA